UACCAAACACACUCUAAACAAGAAGCAAAAAAGAAGAAAAUGAGUGUGUCAAUGGAGUUGUUAUCUGCUGGCUUUAGUACUUUGCCCUUGAAAAGACCCCCUUUCUGUUCAUCUUCUUCAAUGGCUUUGUUAGCUCCAUCUUUAAAGUUCAAAUCUUUAUUGCUUAAACCUAGUGGUCACAGAUUGUCUUUUGAAUCUUCAAGGGCUUUUGUCCCAAAAGGGCUUGGUGUUGGUUUUCUUUCUGGGAAUUCGUUGAAUCGACCAAUCGUGGCAUUUGCUACCUCUCACGAGGAUUCUCAUUCAAAGAUUGAAGUGAAAAAGGAAAGCGAAGAUAGAAAAUUAGGGGGCGAAGAAUCAGAGGAAGUAUGGAAACAGACACUGGAGUCAUUCAAAGAACAAGCUUUGAAGUUGCAAAGUGUUUCACAAGAAGCAUAUGAGAUCUACUCAAAGAAAACCAUGGUUGUUUUGCAAGAAACUUCAGAGAAGUUAAAAAUUCAAGCAGAGAAGGCAAAAAGUGAUUUGGGCGAGCUAGCAAAGGAGUUUGGUGAAGAUAGUAUACAGUUACUCACGGUGGCUACAGAGAAUUCUCCAGAAUCAGUGAAGGAGGUUGUUGAAACAUUAACUUCCUCGACUGAUAAUUUGAACGAUGUUUCUAAAGUCCGCGAUUUCCAUCUUGGAAUACCAUAUGGUUUAUUACUUUCUACUUCUGGAUUUCUCUCAUUCAUGCUGUCCGGAAGCAUCUCUUCCCUUAGGUUUGGUGUCAUUCUUGGCGGCAUGCUUCUGGCUUUAAGUGUAUCAAGUUUAAAAUCUUACAAAAGAGCAGAGCCAUAUUCCUUAGCCUUGAAAGGACAGGCAGCAAUAGCAGCUAUCAUCUUUCUUCGGGACAUUAGCAUCAUACUGACUCGGAGAACUUCAUUUCUUACUCCUCUUGCAACCCUCAUCAGUGGUGCAAUGGCUGCAUUCUAUCUAUAUAAGAUUGCCUUGGAUGGUAAGCAGAGUAAAGGGUCAGACUUGGGACACGGAGCAGAAGGUUGAUGCAUUUAUUCCACGGGUAGAAGGUUUACGAGAUUAAAGUAGCUCUGGAAGAGCAAGAUGGGAUCCCAUAAAACAAUGUUUGGUUCUGGAGCGUAUGAUUACAGAUUAUGGGUGUUUUAUCAAUUUUUAGUUUGUGUUAUCAGGGAAUGGGAGAAGUGACAAUACUCUGGUGGAUUUUUCUUUUCCUUCGAUGUGCUGAAAUUACCGGUGUUCUCUCCCUCCAAUAUAGGGUUGUAUUGAUAUCUGUUCAUCACAUAGUGGCUAGUUAUUUUGUUUUUACUCCUACUUGUAUAUAAAAUGCUUGCAGAAUCUUGUUUCCAGCCAGAAGGCUUUCCCUGUAAUUAUUAAUUAUCAUUAACCACUGCCCUUGGAGAAA